GUCACUACAAAUAAAAUGAAGCCAGCUUGAUGCAUGCUGCUGUUGACAACUAUUUGUGCAGAAAUUAUUAAUUUACAACAUAAAUAUGGGCAUACUAUGGAUGGUUUGCAGAACGCUGAGCACGUGAUCACAAACCAUGCGCGUUUUGUCCGUAUCACGUUUCCGUUGAUACAAUUUGCCGAACACGGAAGAAAACGUAUAGCCAGUUCUGCUAGAAAUGCUACGGGUAGACAGGUGGCUUUGACUCUUACGGUUUCAUACGUUUUAUUUAGCCGCAUGAGGCGAGAUAAGGAGUACCACGUUCGGAUUAAUGGCUAACAUUGUAAGGUCUACUCUUUGUAAUCCGCAGGGGCUGAUGACAGAGAGGUCGCUGAGAUGCUGGCACGUCACUGCGCACCUUGAAGUUUGAGGUACGAGAAGCAGGAUCCGUGUUGCUGCCACCAUGGGCCUCCGGCUGCACUUUGUGGUGGACCCAAUGGGCUGGUUCUGCAUCAGCAUGGUCCUCUUCGUCUGGCUCUACAACUCCUUCUUCAUUCCUCAGCUGGUGCUGCUGCCACACUUUCAGGAGGGACACAUCCCUGGGGCUGUGGUUGUCUUGUACUACCUGGCCUCGCUGCUCUGCGUCACGGCGCUGUUCAGGGCUUCCACUGCCGACCCAGGCCGGCUUCCCCAGAAUCCCCACAUCCCACACUCCGAACGCGAGCAGUGGGAGCUCUGCAAUAAGUGUAACCUGAUGAGGCCUAAGAGAUCCCACCACUGCAGCCGCUGUGGCCACUGUGUACGGAAGAUGGACCACCACUGCCCCUGGAUCAAUAACUGUGUUGGGGAGGAUAACCACUGGCUCUUCCUGCAGCUGUGCUUCUACACCCAGGUGCUGAGCCUCUUCACUCUGGCCAUGGACUUCUGUCAGUACUACUACUUCCCCUCCCUCACCCAGACCGACACGGAGCAGUUUGUGUGGCGCCAUGAGUUGGCCCUGCUGCGUAUCUCCACCUUCAUGGGGCUGUUCAUGUUCGGGGGCAUGGGCAGCCUGUUCUACACGCAGAUAGCCGGCAUCCUCACCGACACUACCACCAUCGAGAAAAUGUCUCACUUCCUGGAAGAAAUAAACCAGCCCAGGAAGCCGUGGCACCAGACGUUUGCGGAGGUUUUUGGCACGCGCUGGAAGAUCCUGUGGCUCCUCCCUUUCAGGCGGAGGCAGGCCCUGCACGGCUCCCAGCUCCUCCCCGGCCGCGUGUAGACAGACAGAUGGACGCUCGCCGGCGGGGCGGGGCGGGGCGGGGCGGGGCGGGGCGCCUCCGUCGCGGGGGCUCCUGGAGCCUCUCUCUCGCGCCCGCACCUGCCACCGUGCCCGUGCGCCACCCUUCACCAAACUCCCCAGCCCCCCCCCCCCCCCCCCGCUACCCUCCUCCCACUGUCUGCCCCAACGUUGUGUGCUUUUAGAACGAUGCCCUCAUCCGGACUAAGCCGAGUAGGCGUCCCGCCUAGCUGGAGACGGCUCGCCCCAGAAACGAGAUUCGGACAGGGUACGGGACGCACACGCUGCGCUGGUUCGAGGGCUUGUGACGGCGUGUCGCAUUUUAAACGCGUUUGAAAUGUUCUUCUCUCCGUAUUGUUUUACGGAUUGCGAUGGCGUGUUGCGUUUUAAAUUCCCCCCCCCCCCCCCCCCCCCACCCAGCCACUGCAGUGUCUUCUGAGUUUCUUUUGGUGUGUCGCAUUUUUUAAUUGUCCCCCUGCCCAUCCCCAGUGUCAUAGAAUUUAAGGAUUCAAAGGGAGCUCUGCGUCUCUCAGUCUGUUUGUGUUUCCAGGGCAACCCUGAUUUGUUUAGAUCUCAGCAGGGCACUCCCCCCCCCCCCCCCCCCCCCCCCCCCCAGGUUGUACCAUGUGACCUGAAGGGGCCGGCGGGGGCAGCGGUAGCGGCCGUCAGCACGGACAGCCCUCUUUGUCUGCCUCUCCAGGGCAGCUGAUUGACAGCUCUGAAGUUCAGCCGUGACCCUUGACAAGCACGGGGAGCUUUCACCAAAUGCAGCGCUUUUCCAAACUCCCUCUCCAUCUUCCUCCCUGUGCCCCUCCAUCUCUCCCUCCCUCCCCCGCUCAAGCAUGUCCCUCACAUCUCUCCCCUGUAUGACAUCAGCACUUCCUGCCAAACCCUCGUUCUGACAUCACACUACACACUUAUGCAUUUUAAAGGGGCAGUAUGCAAGUUUUCCCCUAGUGGCAAAGAAUGACAGUUGCAUCAACAGUUAAAUGAAAGUCUAAAUUCUGACAUAACUGACGUGAGAGUGAAUGAUAAACUCACUGCUUGUAUCUUCCUGAAGUUGCCAAGAAGGACAGAUGCACAUAGAUUUCUUAAAAUAUCAAUAUCAGUUGCUUUGCAAUUCAGCAGUAAAAUAAUAUUUUUACCUCCGGGUAACAUAUUAGACUGAAUUUUUAUCUGUCAAAAUGAUAUUUUCACAGGCCGUCUGGGUAGUGUAGAGGUCUAAGCACUCGCCUACCACUGGAGAGACCCGGGUUCAAUCCCCGGCAGCGGUACUUUCGGCUUGGUCAGACAUUCCUACGAACACAAUUGGCGGUGUUCGC